AUGGCAUGUAUGAAACUGGGCACCAAGACAGAUGCAUUUCGACUUGAAGGACAUACUUGGCAUUGUACAAGUGGUCUUCCUAGUGAUGUUACGGUUGAGAUCGGUGAAACAACGUUCCAUCUGCAUAAGUUUCCUUUGAUUUCAAGGAGUGGCCUGUUAACAAAGGUUAUUGGAGAUAGUUUAAAUGAAGAUGAGCAUAGCAUUGUGCAUCUGGAUGAAAUACCGGGUGGAUCUAAAACUUUUGAACUUAUAGCAAGAUUUUGUUAUGAUGUAAAAAUUGAGCUCACAGCCCACAAUGUCAUCAGUCUUCGGUGUGCUGCAGAGUGCCUCGAGAUGACAGACGAGUAUGGAGCUGAAAACCUGAUUACACUAACAGAAUCCUUUCUUAUUGAAGUACUUGGCACUUGGACCGACUCCAUGAAAGCUCUUGAAAGCUGCGAGGAAGUUCUGCCUGACGCAGAAGAACUAUUUCUGGUCUCAAGAUGCAUCACUUCAUUAGCAACAAAAGCAUGUAUGCCUUUCAAUGCAGCAAUGAGUAGUAACCAUGAAAAUGGACUAACCCCAAUCGUUUGGAAUGGGAUUUCUACUUCAAAUAAAACCGAGAUAACACAUGAUGACUGGUGGUAUAAAGAUGUAUCUCUUCUCAGUUUACAUCUUUAUAAACGGGUUAUUCGUGCUAUUGCAUCACGAGGCAUGAAACCUGAGACUAUAGCCGGGUCUCUUGUCGGUUAUCUUAGAAGAUGUAUACCAUUACUGAACCGUGAGUUGGGUUUUACUGAUGCAAACCAUAUCAAAACCGUUUCUCCCUCUGAAGCAGAUCAGCGAAAUCUUUUAGAAGAUAUUGUAGAGUUACUUCCAUACCAUAAAGGGAUUGUCGCUACUGCAUUUCUUCUAAGGCUCCUUCGCACUGCCAUGAUUCUACACGUGAGUCCAUCAUGUCAAGAAAAUCUUGAGAAACGCGUUGGGUCCCAGUUGGAUUCAGCUGUUUUAGAAGACAUAUUGAUACCAAAUCAGGGGUUCAAUACAGUUGAGACUUUGUAUGACAUAGAUUGUUUUCAAAGAAUACUUGAAUACUUCAUGUCUAUAGACCAGGCUCCAAGUGCGCUAUGUUCUCCUUCCAUAGUUGAAGAGGGGUCUGAGGGUGGGAUCGGGCCACAGUCUUUGGAGUCUAUGACAUCAGUCGCCAAUCUGGUUGACGCGUUUCUUGCAGAUGUGGCAGCUGAUGUUAAUUUGAAGCUCCCACAAUUUCAGUCUCUUGCUGCUUUUGUCCCUGACUAUGCUCGCGCAUUUUCUGAUGGCAUUUACCGUGCAAUUGACAUAUUUUUCAAGGCCCAUCCUUGGCUUACAGACUGUGAGCGAGAGCAAAUGUGUAAACUUAUGAAUGUUCAAAAGCUCUCACUGGAUGCCAGCGCUCAUGCAGCUCGUAAUGAGAGGCUCCCUAUUCGUGUUAUCGUUCAAGUCCUCUUUUUUGAACAAGUACGCCUCAGAACAUCAAUUGCUGGUUGGUUUUACGUCUCUGAAAAUGAAGGUGGUGGUGUGGUUCGUUCACAGGAAAGAGGUGGUGGGAGGACAGGAAUGGGUGAUAUGAGGGAACGUGUUAUUGGGCUCGAGAAAGAGUGUGAAAGCAUGAAGUAUGAGAUACGGAAAGUGGUCAAACUCAAGAGAAGUUGGAACAUCUUUUGCAAGCGAAAAAUCAAGAGAAUUUGA